AUGAAGACUUUCGCCGCUCUCAUCUUCGCGUUCGCUUGUCUGGUCACUCUCGUGAUGGCAGACAACCCGCGCUAUCGCGAUGAAUGCGUGACCAUCCAGUACUGGCGUGGCAAGAACGGCAACGAGGUCCCGCAGAUCAUUGCCGAAUGUCCCGUCAAGACCGACCAACCUGAUUCGUACCGCUGCACCACCCUGAAGCUCGACAUGUGCUACGCCAAUGCAUUCGGCCGUCUUGAACCCCGUCUCAAUGGCGGGUUCUCGUCUAGCUGCUCCGAUUGCAUCAUGGAGUCAACCAAACUCACGUGCACUUGUGCCAAUGGCUCAGGCGGGACAACCCGUGCCUCGACUGAGACAAACGAUCUCAUCAAGAACGCCGCAAGCUUGCUUUCUUGCUUUGGUCACAACGGCAUCUGGUGCUCGGACGCGGGCAUUGGCUUUCAUGUUGCGGAAAACAUCACCGCGACUGACUAUGUCCGAUUGCUCAACAGCCAACCUUAG